AUGAACAGGGCUGUGGCCACCUGCUGGAUAUUCAUCCUGCUCUCAGCAUUCCUCUGCGACACAGUCGUGUCCAAGGGGGGUAGAGGGGGCGCCAGGGGAUCCGCCCGGGGGAGCGCACGCGGAGGUCGCUCCUCCCGGGGCCGGACCGGAUCCUCCACGCGCGUGGCGGGAGCAGCGGCGGCCGGGGCAGCGGUAGCGUUGGCCGCGGGAGGAUGGUACGCGUCUGCACAGCGUCGCCCGGAUGACAGCUCGGAGGAGAACGACAACCAAUACGGCAACAGAACGGACUGGGAUUUCUACAGCGCUAGGACGUCCAGCUCCAACAAGCACGAUCCCACCGCUGCUCAUAUAUACUGUGCUCCUGUGCUACUUAACGUUUUGAUGUAUUUUAAACCUUGA